UCAAGAUGGGGAUUCCCCGGAGGCGAACAGAUAAACAGCAUAGAACAACACAUGACCCUUAAUCAUUAUGUUGUGAACUACAAAGUAGAAUCAUGGAUUUGCUUAAAGUGGAGCGUAAGAAAUUGUGGGAGAGAGAGCGAGAGAAUGUGACGAUGGACGGAUGGAUGAUAGAUAGAUAGAUAGAUAGAUAGAUAGAUAGAUAGAUAGAUAGAUAUAGGGAGCAAAGGGAGAGAAAGUAACAGAUGGGUUUGUGAGGAUUAAGUGAAAUCUGGGUGGGUUUGUGAUAGAAACUCACCCAAGAAAGGCAGAAGCGUGAGGAAGAGAGGGAGAGAGAGUGAGAAAAGGUGAAGAAAGUUAAUCUGGUAGAGGACAGUGUCGAUGUCUCUGAAGGCCUUAUAUGGUAUGUUUUUUUUUCUUCAUUCACAAACAUCCGUUCGGUAACUUUCGUGCAUGUCUUGUACAACCGUAUGGGGGGACAAGGACUCAAUGGAAAGCCCGGCGAUAUGCAGCACAGAGAAAAUACAACCGGUGGUUGGACAGACGUUACGAGUGUGGGAUUAAACAGAUUGAUUUUGUACAGGGAGAUUAACACAGAUUAAUGAGGAUUACGGGUCUACAGAGAGGUAGACGAAUCAUUAUAUCAAAUCACAAUCUUCCUGAGAAAGCCGAGAUGCACGGGAAGAACAGAAUGUUUCCUGAGAAAAAGAAAGGAGACAGGAGAAAAUAAUUUGUGGUUCUAUAAAACGUGGUAAAAUGUACGUGUUUAUCUUCCAGGACCCAACUGUAUACCAACGAACACAUAAUAAAUCCAUGUCAUAUACUGGAAAUAUGGGAUGUAGCAUAUGGAUGUAAAAUUUGUUAUUGCGGGACCACAGCUGGAUCAGCGUGUAAAGUGUGGAGGAAUGUCGAAAGGACUAAUUGAAGGUGACAGAGGCUAGCUAGCCCUCAUCCAAUCCAUCUGGCUCGGUGAAUAAAUCCUCCGCUCUAUUGCCCUCUUCUUCUACUUCUUCCAUCCCAUAAUUUUCUCACAGUUUCCUAAUCCCACUCUGCCAUACCAUCCCUUUGUCAAUCCCCCUUUCUCUACUCUAUAUCGCUCCAUUCCAUUUUCCCUCAUUCUGCCUUGUCAUUGAGUCCCCCCACCAGUUCCCUCCUCAUCGUCAUCACUGCCCUCACUCUAGCUGAUCUGUCAUCCCUGUACCCGUCCUCUAACCAGCCCCCAUCACCCUGUUUCACCAUCAUUCGUCUCAAGCUCCUCUUGAGACACCCCGUCUCUCCCCCGACUUCUCUCCCACCUCUGUCUCUCCAUCGGAGGGCCACUUUUUCUCUUAGCAGUGGCUCCUGUCCCACACCCACACCCAUAAGCCACCAUGCUGGAGAACAUGUCACGAUGCAACCGCUCCCUGCUCUCCUUGUCCCUGACCUCACUGGCCCUGGCAUUGUCCAUCCUGGCCUUCUGCACCUCGUACUGGUGCGAGGGGACCCACAAGGUUGCCAAGCCCCUCUGCCUCUCCCCGGUCAAGUUGAAGAACUGCGGCCAGAACAACAGCCAGCCUUACACCACAGAGACUCCCACUCUGGACCCUAAGAAGCCGUCAAACAACAUCACCUUGUCGCCCCUGGAAAAGGAAGAGCAGGCGAGGCUUCAGAAAAAGGCCCUCGCCAACGCAGUGCACUACAUCUGGGAGACAGGCGAGGAUAAGUACAUGCUGCGCUACUUCCACACAGGUUUCUGGUUGUCCUGCGAGGCACACAAUGAGGAGGAGAAAUGCCGGAGCUUCAUUGAAUUGACUCCAGGAGAGACACAAGGGGUGCUGUGGCUGUCAGUAGUAUCAGAGUUUGCGUACAUAGGCCUGUUGGCCAUGGGCUUUCUCCUCAUGUGGGUGGAGGUGCUGUGUCUCUGUGCCCAUAAGGAGAUGUACGCUCUCAAGAUCAACGCCUUUGCCGCAAUAUGCACUGUCCUUUCAGGUCUGAUGGGGAUGGUGGCUCAUAUGAUGUACACCACAGUGUUCCAGAUGACUGUGAGCAUUGGGCCAAAAGAUUGGAGACCACAGACCUGGGACUACGGCUGGUCAUUUGUUCUAGCCUGGAUCUCCUUCAGCUGCUGCAUGGCGGCGGCCGUCUUCACCCUCAACUCUUACACCAAGACGCUGAUAGAGAUGAAGCACCGCACCCGCGUUCGUCUGGAGGAGGCCCGGGCGGCCAUCCAGGCCCCCUCGUACGACGAGGUGUUGCAGGCGGCCGGGGGCGCCUGCUCAGUCAGCAGCCUGCUCCAGCACUGCAAGCAGGGGGCGAUGAUCGACCCCGGUCCGGGGGUUCCAGAUCACAGAGGGCUGGUGAUGAUGGCUGGUGGCUGUGGGACAAAGGGGUGUGAGGACUGCGAGAGAGAGAUGGAUGAGAUUGAGGAUGCCCUGGAUCGGGAAGAGAGGGAGGAGAUGGAGGGAGAGGACUGUGAGAGGUGCUGAGGGAAGGGAGGAGGUAGAGGUUAAAAAGAGGUUCUAGCCACCUGGAACUUAUUUUUGUCUUUUAUUUUUUACAUGUUUUGGAUUGAACUGUGAAAUGGACUGUGCUUGAUUUCAGUACCUCAACCCAUAAAUUAAAUCUGAGUAGCUAAAGCUCUAAAACCACACACAGAGAUUGACAUGUAUUGUCUGGGAAGAGAUCAAUAGAGACAAUCGCUAAGAAAUGCCUGGCAUUGGCCACAUUUAACAUAUAUAUUCUAUAUUAUUUUUAUUGUAUUGAUGGUAACCCUGUUAUUACUAUCCUGAUAUUGAUAGUAACUGUGGUGACAUGGUGAAUAAAAGUGGUUAAAGUGAAA